UUUAGGGAAUUUCAAGAAAUGGCAAUGAAAAAUCAAGAAAAUAUUGGGAUUUUAAAGAAAUUUCCAGAAGCUUCUAAUAAAAUGUGUUCAUUUGGGAGUAAUGUGAAGAAAAUAGCUAAAGAAGAUCCAAGAAAAUUAGUUCAUUCAAUAAAAGUUGGAUUAGCAAUUGCAUUGGUUUCAUUGUUUUACUACUUUGAACCAUUGUUUGAUUAUGAAGGAUUUGGUGUUUCUUCAAUGUGGGCUGUUUUAACUGUUGUUGUCGUCUUCGAGUUUUCUGUUGGAGCAACACUUGGGAAAGGAGUUAAUAGAGGACUUGCAACAUUUUUAGCUGGUUCAUUAGGUGUUGCAGCUCAUAGACUUGCUACCUUUACAGGAUCAGACAAAUUGCAACCAAUAAUACUUGGUUUAUCUGUUUUUUCAGUAGCUACGAUAGCAACAUUUUUGAGAUUCGUACCAAAAUUGAAAGCCAGAUAUGACUAUGGCAUUCUCAUUUUUAUUUUGACGUUCUCAAUGAUCUCCGUCUCGGGGUAUCGGGACCCUGUGGUGCUCGAUAAGGCGAUUACCCGAGUAACUACGAUCCUUAUUGGGGGCGCGGCGGCGAUCAUGUUUAAUGUGGUUAUAUACCCGGUAUGGGCUGGUGAAGAUCUUCACAAUUUAAUUGCCACAAAUAUUGAAGAUCUUGGAAUUUCCGUGGAAGGAUAUGGAACUCAAUACUUCAAGAAAAUAGAUGUCAAGUCUGAAGAAGAACUAGAGAGAAUAUCUCUUGAGGAAUACAAAUGUGUUAUCUACUCAAAAGCUAGUGAAGAAAAUCUGGUCAAUUUUGCAAAAUGGGAGCCACAUCAUGGAAAAUUCAGAUAUAGACAUCCAUGGGGACAAUACUUGAAAAUUGGAGAUCUUGUUCGUGAAUGUGCCAUUAAAAUCAAUGCUUUAAAUUCAGAUCUUACCUCUUGCAAUAUGACACAAGAGGGAAGGAGAAUAAUUCAAGAACCAUGCACAAAGAUGAGCAUAGAGUGUGGUAGUGCAUUGAAGGAAAUAGCAAUGUCAAUGAAGACAAUGACCCUUUAUCCAACAAUUGGUUCACAUAUUCUGAAGGCAAAAACAUCAUCUGAAAAACUAAGAUCCAUAAUUAGAAAUGGUAGUUUAAUUGAAGAAAAAGAGUUGCAAAAACUACUUCCAUCAACAAGAAUUGCUUCACUUAUGCUAGACAUAGUGUCAAAUUCAGUAGAAAUUGUGGACUCUGUGAAUCAACUUGCUACACUUAUGAAAUUCAAGAUUUUGUCAUCAAAACCAAAGAGAUUGGGGAGCAAGAGUAGAAUCCCAAGUGGCAAUAUUGGAGAAGCACACCUUGUGGUUAAUGUUGAGUGA